GUUGACUGGGGGUAGCUCGAGUUAACCCGGAAGGGUACAAGCUUUUAAUUUGCGCAGGCAGGUACGUACGCGGACGGGGCACUGAGCUGAGUGCUGGAGCGCGCAAGCAGGAAAGCAGAUGGCCACGUUCUUUGGGGAGGUAGUAGCCGCACCAUCUCGUGCUGGCGUGGACGAGGAAGAGGAGGCGGCCCUGGAACGGGAUGAAACGCCGGAAGAUCGCGAGAUUCGCCUGGAACUCGAAAAGAAAAGAGAAGUUCACAUCCUUUGGAAUACAACAACCAAUGCAUCUACUGAAAGCUCUAUCAACAAGCAAUUUCCUUGCUCAAAGUUCAUAUUGGGUGUAGGACACAAUGCAGUAGCAUUCUUGUCGUCCUUUGUUUUGAAUUCUGGAUGCUGGGAAGUAGUUGGAGUUGCUAAACUGUGGAAUGAGUGGUGCAGAACAUCAAACACAACAAAUGUCCGUCCAACAGAUUCUUUCUGUUUGUUCUAUAGGUUAAUUUCAGAUCCGACAAUUUUGUUGUGCCAGUGCAACUGUGUCGUGGCUGAGGAUCAACAAUUUCAGUGGCUUGAAAAGGUUUUUGGAUGCCUGCAGAAGAUUGAUUUGCAAGUACUUGUACUCUCAGCGUGUUCCAUUACAGAUUAUAAAACACCUGAAUCAACGCUAACUCUUCCUUCUCCUUUUCUGAAAGCACUAAAGACAAAAGAGUUUAAAGAUCAAGUCUGUUGCUCAUUUCUAGAACAGCCAAAUAUCAUACGGGAUCUCCCUGCAGCAGUUCUCAGUUACUGUCAGGUGUGGCAAAUACCUGCAGUGCUUUAUCAGUGCUAUACUGAUGUCAUCAAACUGGAUACUGUCACAGUUGGAGCUUUCAAGCCUGUUCUGUCCUCCAAAAUUCUGAAGGGUUUGGUCAAGGAUGUUUCAAGAAGCACCGAAAUACUAACACAAUUGAGGAUGAAUAAUGACAUUCAUAACAUCUACACUUAGAAUGGAGGAUUAUUCCUGAUUAACACUUUCAAGCCCGAUUACAGUUCAGCAUUUGUAAACUGCAGCUGCUUUGCUUGAAAGUAUCUGGGACUUGUGGCUUUCUUCAAAAGUGGAAUACGUUAUUUUGCAUUUCAUAUGCUGACUAUUGUAGCGUGGCAUUCUGCUACAUUCUAAUGUUAAUUAAAAUCUUAGUUUCUUAA